AUGAAUAAGCUGGCAAACAUGCGUCACUGGUCCGAGAGGAUGAGCCCCAACUUCGGCAUGGGUCGUCCCAACAUGCCCAACGCCCCAAGCCCCAUCGUUCACUAUGCCUUCAAUGUGCCGUUCGGGUCCGACCUCGCCGGCCCCAAUACUGAAGACAUCCUCCAUUCCACCAAGGACGCCGUCAUGCGAUGGACGCACUCGGUCGACGCCCCUGACGAUGUCCAGGUCCACGAGCUUCCCGUUCACACCCAGAACCUCGCUCACCUACGCAAGACGUGCAAGGACAUCACCAGCGGCCCCUUCAGCAUUGAGGCACACGUCGUCUCCACGACCCCCAAGAAUGCCAAGGGCAGUCAGGUCACCACCGUCUGCCUGUCAGGAAGCCAGGAAAUGGUCCAAAAGACCAGGGAGAUGAUUUUGAAUGAUAACCAGACCUUCUUGCGCUGUACCACCGUCGAUGUCGAGGGUGAGCUGGUCUGCGAUCUGGCCGCCGCCACCCCCGUCUUGAAACCCCAGGUUAUGACCACACUCGACGGCAUCUCCGAAUACUGUGGAGUCGACAUUUUCCUUCUCGGCCCAAAGCUCACUCCCGUCGUGGACGGCAUGACGGGCGACGCUGAGAUGCGUCGCGACCAGCGCUGGAGAGUCGCCAUUUACGGUGACAUCCUCUCCGUUGACCAUGCCAAGACCCGCGUGCUGAUCCACAUUGACACGCUCCUCGGUCGUCUCGUUGACGCUCUCAAACUCGACAUGACCCUUCAUCAAGUGGUGUGCGGCCGCCAGCGGAAGAAUAUCAAGCUCAUCGAGUCUUCUACGGGUACUGCCAUCUACUUCCCGUCGCCCUUUUCGCAGAUGUACCGAUACUGUCCCCCGAAUGCCAAACGACGCGAUCCCAACGACAUCCUCAUCACCGGUGAAACGCCCCAGGCGAUCGAACUGGCCAAGCAGAAGAUCCAUGAAACCGUAACACGCACUCGCCUGUACAUGAAGGAUGUGAACAUUCCCGCGGCCAAGAUUGACAGUGUUCUGCUCAACCGCAUGGACAAGGUGCGCAAGAUUCUGGAGGCCAACGGCACCUACGUUCUCUUCCCUGUCCUUGCUACAGGCAAGAACAUGGUCAGAGUACAGGGCAACGAGGGCCUGCACGUUGAGCGCACUGUUCGCGAAAUCAUGUCGCUGGCUGGUCAAUUCUACAGUGCUUCCUGGUUCUUGUUGGCUCCCGAGGGUCACCAGAUGCCUCCUCAGGCUCGUCAGCUUCCCAGCCCGACUGACAUUCGCACCAUGAUUGGCGAUGUCUGCGCCAAUUCGGAUGCUGAUGUCUCGUUCGACAACAACUUUCAAAUGACUGGCUCGGAUGAUGCCGUCAAGACUGCGCUCAUGGUCAUGUCGGAUAUUCGAUUCCUCGUGCAAGGCAACCAUCAACUUCGCGUCAAAAUCGAACUCGCCAACGAGCACCGAGAAUUUGUCAGUGGAAAGAAGAACGGCAAGAUCAACAAGAUCAUGAGCCAGAGCAACGUCACCAUCAUCUUCGACGGCUUCAACGACUACAACUUCAAUAUCGAUGUUGGAGCUGCAAGCUAUGACGCCAUGAAACAAGGCCUCGCCCUCGUCGAGCAGGAGAUGCCGGCUUCGAUCUCGUUCCACGUCCCUGAUCAGUACCACAAGCGCAUCAUCGGCAUCGGCGGUCAGCACAUCCAGAGCAUCAUGAAGAAGCACUCCGUUUUCGUCAAGUUCUCCAACGCCAUGGAUCGAGGCGGCAUGGGCCGGGAGGAUGACGACAUUAAGGUUGACAACGUUAUUUGCCGGACUCCCGCGCGUAACGCACAGAACCUAGACGCCGUGAAGAACGAGAUCCUGGAGAUGGUCGAUCGAGCUGAUUCCGAGUACACCUCGCAGAUCGUCAACGUCGAUCGCCUGUACCACCGCCAGCUUCUAGCCCGCCUCGCUGAGAUUGACGAGUUGGAGAGCAAGUACAACUGCAAGAUUGUGUUCCCAAGCACUGAGCAGGCCAGCGAUGAGGUGACCGUGAACGGGCCUCAGUGGCAGGUGCCUCAUUGCGUCGACGAGUUCCUUGGCAUGGUUCCUGACAACCACGAGCUCGUCUUGACUCGCACGCCUGAGCUCGUCAAGUUCCUCGAGUCGCCGGCAUUUAUCCGAGACCUUGUGUCCAAGCUGAAGAACCAGUACGAGGUCGAAGUCUCUGUUCAUCAGGACUCCGAGGAGCUUGCUCCCGACGGCUCGUCCGCCCUCGCUCUGCGCUGGACAUUCACCCGGAACAACGCAGGUGGUCUUGGUGAUGCAGUCGACUUUAUGCUUGCCGAGCUGACUGGCGCAGGUGUCGAGGUUACGAUCCUGAAGGGCUCCAUCCCUCGACCCAAGUCAGAUUCUUUCGAGGACUCUCUCCAGUACUUCGAUUCAAAGCUCCUGCAGCAUGCCCCCGCACCCAUUGCUGCCGACUCGCCCGUCAAGGCCGCUUUCGAAGGCGAGGUGGCCCGCGAGCGCAGUACCAUCUUCGAUAAACUCCGCAAGCCUGGAAGCAUGACCUCCAUUUCUUCCUUCCUGGACCGUCGCAAGAACAGCUCUCACUCCAACCACGCCAACUUUUUCAAGGGCUCCAGCAACGUGUCCAAGUCGUCUCUUAUUUCGAUUGAGUCCACUCGCAGUUUUAAUGCCGAUCGCAACCCUUGGAACGAUAGCGGCGUUAAUCUGAACGAGGAGGAUCACCCCUGGGCUCACCGCCCUCUUGGCAACGGCACCGACAAGCUUACGCCUAUGCCUCACCCCGGUGACGUGACGCCCCGUCACAGCACUCGUGCGUCCGGCGACAGCGGUCGCCCUUCUACGUCUCAUUCUACGAAUUCUGGAUACCCCGGUCCUGUUGGACCUUUCCGUUAG